AUGGAUGUUUAUCCGCGGGAUCCGUUCAGCUUUAUUUUGAUUCGGCCCACUUUCAAUCUCUUCUUCUACCCGUGGUUGCCUUCUUCUAAUUUUAAACGUUGUAGUUUGUACCAUUUCUCUUCUUCUACUCGACGGAGGGCGAACCCGAAAGAACAAAGCGAAGAUUCCACCGGCGCGGCGGCAGGCGGCCAUGUCUCUUUCUGCACUGCAGUUCGGUUUCUACUCCUCCAUUUCUCCGGCCGCAGCGACUAUGUCCUCCAGCUCGCGGAAACCCCAUCUGGUAAUCGCUUCUCAUCUCCGAUUUCCUACGGCGUAUUUUGCAAUCUGAUUUCUUUAAGUGUUUCUUCGUUUUUUGCUCCCCAGGUCGCAGCGCAGUCGCGAAACCGCCGGCAAGUGUGGCGCCGGAGGAAAUUGACGAAGGAGGACGAUAUGAUGCGAGUGAAACUGGGGAGAGUUCCGUUCCUGGAGGAGCAAGUGAGGAAGAUAAGAGAGAACGGGAAGAUGCUGUCGUUCGACAUAGAGUGGCUGAUGAAGAACGAAGACAACAAGUACGAGUUCGUCAACGAGGUGGCGGCAGAGGCGACGGAGUACAUCGAGCGGAACAGAGACGAGUAUGGUGGGAACAAGAAGGCCAUCCUUCAUGUGCUCAGCAACAGGAUGAACGAUGCCGGGUUUUACCGACCGGAAGCUUACGAGGUUUCCGAUCCGUUCAGGCCUGGACCUGAUUACCUGAAGGAAGAGUUCACCUGAUUACCUCAUUGCUUCUUCCCCACUUAUGUAUGUUUGUUGUAGUAGCAGAUGAUCUACCCUAAACCAAGCAACAUUCUUAGCAGCAGCUGCACUAAUC